UACACCCUGAGCCACGGAUUCACUGUUGACUGCUCUGGUUGUUUGGGUAGAUAUUGAUUGGAUAGAUAUUGUCCUCACCAGACCUUCCCAGAAAGACUGGAAGGAGGACCUGAGAAUUCCUCCUUCAACCAGGAAUUCUCUGGGAAGCACAUAAGAUUUCACUCUGCUAGUUUCACUCUCCUACGAGAAGUUACCAAAGCCUGAUAAAUUUUGCAACUCUAAGUGUACCUCUCUUGGGAUUACAACUAAUUAUAACAGGGAUCCAAAGAAGUCUCAGAGGACAGGAAAAAGAAUGCUCCGUGGCCGAUCCUUGUCUGUGACAUCCCUGAGUGGGCUUCCCCAGUGGGAAGUUGAAGAACUUCCCGUGGAGAAUUUACUGCUCUUUGAAGUUGCUUGGGAAGUGACCAAUAAAGUUGGAGGCAUCUAUACUGUGAUUCAGACAAAGGCCAAAACAACAGCGGAUGAAUGGGGAGACAAUUAUUUUCUGAUAGGUCCAUAUUUCGAGCAUAAUAUGAAGACUCAGGUGGAACAGUGUGAACCUGCAAAUGAGGCUGUCAAAAGAGCAGUGGAAACAAUGAAUAAGCAUGGCUGCCAGGUACAUUUUGGAAGAUGGCUGAUUGAAGGGAGUCCUUACGUGGUGCUCUUUGACAUAGGCUAUUCGGCUUGGAACCUGGACAGGUGGAAGGGUGACCUCUGGGAAGCAUGCAGUGUCGGCAUUCCUUAUCAUGACCGAGAAGCCAAUGACAUGCUGAUAUUUGGAUCUUUAACUGCCUGGUUCUUAAAAGAGGUGACCGACCACGCAGACGGGAAACAUGUCAUCACCCAGUUCCAUGAAUGGCAGGCCGGAACUGGAUUGAUCCUUUCUCGAGCUCGGAAACUUCCUAUCGCCACGAUAUUUACAACCCACGCCACACUACUCGGGAGGUAUCUCUGUGCGGCAAAUAUCGAUUUCUACAACCAUCUUGACAAGUUUAACAUAGACAAAGAGGCUGGGGACAGGCAGAUUUACCACAGGUACUGCAUGGAGCGAGCCUCUGUUCAUUGUGCUCACGUGUUCACCACAGUUUCUGAAAUAACAGCAAUAGAGGCAGAACACAUGCUGAAGAGAAAGCCUGUUGAAUAUCUAGAGGAGCGACAGUCACUGCCCCCUGUGACCACUCACAACAUGAUCGAUGACUCCACGGAUCCCAUCCUCAGCACCAUUAGACGGAUUGGGCUUUUCAACAACCGCGCAGACAGAGUCAAGCCCAUGGACUAUGAAGAGUUUGUACGAGGUUGUCAUCUUGGAGUAUUUCCGUCAUACUAUGAACCCUGGGGUUAUACUCCAGCUGAAUGCACCGUCAUGGGUAUCCCCAGUGUGACAACAAACCUCUCCGGCUUUGGCUGUUUCAUGCAGGAGCACGUAGCUGAUCCGACUGCUUACGGUGAGUAUUACCAGCAUGCCCGGCACCUGACAUUAAGCAGAGCUUUUCCCGAUAAAUUCCAUGUGGAUCCCAUAUCACCACCAACGACGGAAGGAUUUAAAUAUCCCAAGCCUUCCUCGGUGCCACCCUCUCCUUCAGGGUCUCAGGGCUCCAGUCCUCAGAGCAGUGAUGUGGAAGAUGAAACAGAUGACGAGAGAUGUAUUUACAUUGUUGACAGGCGGUUCCGUUCUCCUGAUGAUUCUUGCAAUCAGCUGACUAAGUUUCUCUACGGAUUUUGCAAACAGUCACGCCGCCAAAGAAUUAUCCAGAGGAACCGAACUGAGAGGCUCUCAGAUCUUCUGGAUUGGAGAUACUUACGCAGAGUAAGGACGUUUUUGAUAAAUACAGAGGACUACUUUAAAAAUUCCACUGGACUCUAUACAAGUGCUGUUUCUGGUCAUAACCUGUAA